AUGGAUAUCGACGAUAUCCUCCGAGAGGUCGAUCCUGCCUCUCACGGCAUCCCGCUCGAGACUCGAGACUUGCAGGCCCUGACGCGCCUUUGGGUUGCUGAGAGAUCAGCCCCGGAGCUGCUCAACUGGCCUGCUGAUGGCUUGUUUGAGCGGGUCAACUCCAAGAUCAAAUCUCAGAUUGAAAAGAUUGAGGACAUGACUGGGGACAUGGAUCCCAAAACCAACUUUGCCCUCAUCGUCAUCCAAACUGAGCUCGAACGAUACAAGUUCCUCGUACGAAGCUACCUAAGAACACGAAUAGCCAAAAUUGACAAACACACCCUUCACUACCUCUCAACUCAAGAACUAAGACAACGCCUCUCUCCCACCGAAUUAGCAUAUGCAACGAGACAUCAAGCCCUUCUCCAUAACCACUACCUCUCAUCCUUCCUCUCGUCCUUUCCCCAGCGCCUGCAGAACCUCAACGACACUGCCGGCAAUGUCAGCAUGAUUGAUUCUCCGGACCUGGACACCGCUGUAUUCGUUCGUCUUCUACGAGAUAAAGACGUCUUUGGCAAGGGAACCGACGUCGAUACCAUUCUCCCGGCAGCCAACGGAGAUGUUCUCAUCCUGAGGUGGUCGAGCGCCAAAGGUCUUGUCGAGGAUGGCGAUGCGGAGCUUGUUUGA